AUCGGCGGUCAAGAAGGCCUGUUCCGCGCACGGCAUCGAUCGUUCCCCAUCAUGGAGAACCAUCGGAAUCGCAUUGAGUCCAGCUCGUCAGAGAUGGACAUGAACCAAGGAUACCAAGAGAUCCCAACAAGGCAGUGGGUAUGGUGUCCCGACCCAACCAUGGUUUGCGUCCCUGGGGUGGUCGUCGCUCGUGGUAAGGACGGUGUCCUCAUUGUGCACACUGAGGACGGCGAGGAGCGUCAACUUGACAGUGACGACGCGCUUCCUGUGACUAUUGAUGUCACGACCACCGUUCCUGACAUUGCAGAGCUGACGCUGAAUUCUUCGAUUCGCCGAGGGGGUGUCGACGAAAUUCGGGCGAGCUCGAAGGAGAACCGUAUGCAGCAGAACCUCCAUGCUCGACACGAAGCACAGGCCCUCGAGUAUGCGCUACUGUACACGCUCCGUACUCGUUUUCGCGACGACACGAUCUACACUGAAUGUGGUGCGUCAGUCCUGAUCAGCAUCAACCCCCACCGGCCGCUACCCCUGUACACCCCCGACAUGAUCCAGGCGUAUCGUCAUCGUCAAAUGCUUCACGAAAUGCCGCCUCAUUUGUUUGGACUGGCCGAGAAUGCUAAAUUGGCGCUCCAAGAAAGCGGGGAAGACCAAGCCAUUGUGCUUCUUGGGGAACGGGGUGCCGGCAAAUCUGACGCGGCCAAGCUCGUGCUCCAGUAUCUCUGCCAUCAAACCCACACCGCACCAAUCUCGCGAUCCAAGUCUCGUUCAAACGCUGGGGACAUGGCAGGGUCCUCAAGCAUCCACGUGCCUAUCGAAGAGCAGAUGCUACAUGCGUGCACAGUCCUCGAAGCGUUUGGCCAUGCCGAGGUGCCAAAUCAUGCGAACGCGUCGUACGUCCUCAAGAUUUUUUCCGUCGAGUACGACACGCACGGCCGCCUGAUCGCUGGCAACCUGACGACGCACUCCUUGCAAAAGCAGCGGGUGAUGCACACAUUGCCGAGCGAGCGGAACUUUCAUAUUUUCCACCUGCUCUUGGCCGAAGCCGCCGUGAACCCGUCGUUGCAAUCGUCGCUGGAACUCGGUUUUGAUUUUGCGAUUGCCGCGAGUGCACACCCCCCAGUGGGCCGGUCGGAGGCGCGCUGGUAUCAGGACGUGACGGCGUCGCUGACGGCGCUGCGCAUUCCAGCGCACCACGUCCACAAUAUCAUGCGCGUCGUAUCGGCGAUCCUCCACCUCGGCAACGUCAAGUUUGUACCUGCGCCGUCGUCGACGACAUCGACGACCCACUCGAUGGAAAACACCCAAGACGCUGCGUGCAUGAUUGACGACGCGACGGCGGUCCACUUGCAACUGGCCGCGACGAUGCUCGAAGUCGACGCGUCCGUGCUGGACCACUACUUUCGCACGCGCAAAAUGGUCUCGUCCAACCACACGUCGUCGUUGAAGAUUGUAAGCAUUCACCAAGCGACCCGCGCCCGCGACACGUUUUGCAAAAAUUUGUACGAGUCGCUCGUCCACGCCAUUAUGUUUCGCAUGAACGCGAGUAUGCGGUCCAAGCUAGAGCGGUAUGAAAAGUCCAACAUCGCCGUCGACACGCGCGGCAUCCACAUUCUCGAUUCGUUUGGAUACGUCACGCCCGGCGCGGACGCGGUCCAGGGCUUUGACACGUUGUGUGUGCACUACUGGGCAGAGAAGGUUCGGUCUCUGUACUUGUCGUGCGUGUUUCCGACUGCGACGAAUCUCGACGUUGAUGUGUACGUGCGCAUGUACGAGCAGUCGCCGGUGGGGAUAAUUCCGAUUUUGACGGAUCAAAUGGCGACCCGCGCACAUCACCGGCAAGCCCAAGACGCGCAAUUUGUCAACAAGUUGCUGGUGGCGAAUGAAAGCAUUGGCAACGCGUUGCUGCAACCUGUGCUGCCGUCGACGAACAACAAGAAAAACUACAAAGUCCAGUUUACGAUUCAGCACGGCAAUUCGACCACGAUUACGUACGAAGCGGACGACUUUGUUCGUCGAAACAACAAGUCUGUGUCUACGACGGCCGCUGCGAUCUUGAAGUCGUCCAAGAACAGCUUUGUCAAGGGGAUGGUGGAUCGGCAUGGCAACUCCCCGACGCUACCGAGUCCGACCACGGCCUCGACUGUCGCGACGAAUUUCAGCAUCCUCAAGCAAAUUCAAACGAGCGACAACGUCGCCAUGGAGCUCAUGCAGCAAGCGUCGUCCCUCGUUGCGGCGAUCCGAAACAUGGGGACGCAUUUUGUCGUGUGCGUGAACCCGCAAAAGGAUGACCAGCCGUUCUUCGACUCUCGCGACGUAGUGCGCCAAUUGCGCGCCGUGGACAUGUUGAACUUGAUCGUGUCGUGCCAGCGCAACCUGACCGUGAAGCUAUCCCCGCCACUCUUUUUCUCGCGUUACCGUCACAUUUGUGGGCAUCGGCAAACCCUAGAGAGCCUGAUUCGGUCGCUGAUAGCGAUCGGCGUCAUGGAUGACCUGACAUGGCGGGUCGAGGGUGUGCCACCGCAAACUGUGUGGCUCCACGUCCUCCAACGCAAGAAACUCGAAAAAGCACGCGAGCUCUACUUGAAUGCGUGCGCGACCAUGAUUCAACGCAACUUGCAGCGAAGUGCGUUCCGUAAAUUGUGCACGCGCCGCCUCGCGUCCUUGGCAGCUCUUCGCGCCGCUGUCAACGAUCGAGACCCGGCUGCCAUUCAAACAGGACUGACCGACGCCACCAGUUGGAUGGAAGCGCAUGGAACGAAUAUUCGAUUGGUGCAAGAUGCAACCCAAGUUGUAUCGCAAGUGGCCGAGGAAUCGUAUCUCAAGUCGAUCUUGUCGGACGCGGUGUCGAGCGGCCACGAAGUCCUUCUCCAACAUGCGAUUACCACGGCGCAAGCCGUGUGCCCUUCUUGGAAGCAUGAUCUGCUGACCAAAGGGAAAGCAAUGCUUCGAAAAAUGAGUGAAGCUCCGUCGUCAAGUGGUGCCAGUAGCACUAUCCGCAACACCCUCCUUCGUGGAUCCCUCGCAGACAUUGCCCAAAUGAACCCUCUUCCCUCCGCGUCAACCACCGAGGGGUUGCUGGUGAAGAAGCUCCUGGCUCGACGGACGGACGAGGCGGCUGCCCAGAAGGCUCUGGCAUCGUGCGUGUCCUCGAGUGGAGAUGGGGCUUCGACCACGUUGUGGACGACAUGUAUUUCAAAGUUGCUCGAGCUGGGAGUUGUAGACGAGACACUUGCGACGUUGAAAACGUCGUGGGAAGCGUGGGCGCCGCUUCGUGCACUCGUUCCGAUGAGUCGAAUUCAAAUCGAAGAAGCACUGCAGAGAGCCGUCGACACCAAGUGCCAGCCCGGUGCGGAGAUUUGCCUCAACUUGCUGACCGACCUCGGCACCAACAACGACGACUUGGUCUUGCAAGCUGUGGCAUUGCUCGAUGAAAAACUGCCCCCUGCCAAGGUCCGACCCCAAGCCGUCGCGUUGGUCGACCUGGCGCUGCAAUCGGAUAGCAUGAUGUUGCUCGAAGCGGCCAUGACGCGAUGUCGGUCGGUGGGUAUGGCGCAGUGGGACAUAAACGUUCGAAAGGUCGAAAAAGCGCUGGAAGGGCACAACAAGGAGCGGGCCGCUCUUGAAGACGCAUGGAACGCAUUCCUGCAACAAGAUCUCGCCAAAUUGCACGACAUUCAGACGACGCAUCCGCUGGUGGCGACGUCUCCCGUGUUUGGAUUCCUUGGGCUGUUGCAAGCGCACCACAAGCGCCUACAACGAUUGAGCAAGCUGCCUGUGGACCAGCGCGUGCAAGAAGCUGCAGAAGCAGGCCUCCUUGACGUCGUUCAAGCUGAUUUAUCACACAUUUUUGCCUCGAUGGACCAGUCGCGCCAAGUGGCCGACCUCCAGCACACGCUUCGCUUUGUUCAAGCACGCUUGGAUGGUCGGAUGGAAGUUCGUGCGGACUUGCUGGCGCUCGUCACGGCGCAAACGCAAAAGGUACUUGGUCAGACGACGUUGCACGACCCGACGACAAACAAGCCAUCGCCCGUCUUGUCGAGCGCGCUGGAAGAUGCUGGUGGCGUGACCAAGCAACUGCAAAAGAGCCUCCUCGCCAAGUCCAAACUUGCCAAGAUUCUGAAAGCCCCGACGGAAGCGUCGUUGCAAGCGUGGUUGGAUGAAGUCAACUCGAACGGACCAUCGAUUGCCGUCGAAGCGUCGGCACUUCAGUCCGCGACGGACGUACUCCGCCAGCUCAAAGCCAGUCACAACGUCGAAUCCAACUUCGGCACACCCUCCAACGAUGCCACGGCGUCCGACGACGCUGUCGACACGUCGCUUCAGCUUUCGGAUUACGACCAGCUUCGUCUCGAGUACAUUGGCCCGUUGAGCCUGCAGUGGGAAAAUCGUGUGGUGGACCAACCGUUGCUGAAAGACCAACGCACGCCGUGGAGCAUCCACGUGAACCGGUGCAUCUUGGGGUACAUGCGAGACCGCGUGAUGUGGUUUCGUGAGAUGCUGGCGCAAUCGAUCCUUCAGCUGGCGCUCCAACAGCCCACAAUCGUGGAUGAAGUGUUGAUGCAGAUCAUGAAGCAGUUGACGUACAACCCGAGGCCGGAGAGCGAGCGGCGGGGGUGGUCCUUGCUCGCGCUUUGCCUCACGAACUUUUCGCCGUCCCCGCAAUUUGCCAAGUACGUCGCUUCGUUCGUCCAUUCCCACGACCACCCUGUCGCGUUGUACUGCCAAACGCGGCUCGAUACAGCGCAUGGCGGCGCAGUCCUCAGUGGGUUCUUGCCGAGCUUGGAAGAACUCCAGGCCUUCGACUUUCGGCUCCCAUUCGUUGCUACGAUUGAACUGAUGGACGGAACAGUGCUCACGACCAACUUUCCCGUCACCCCGGAGCUCACCGUCGCUCACGUCGUCGAUGUGUGUGCGCACUUUCUCGGGCUACAGCAAGGCCAGCUGCUCGGCCUUGCGAAAGAUGCUGCGUCGUAUUUGUACCAUCCCCACGCGUAUUUAGCUGAUGUAUUUGAAGCGCAGCUGCCUCCAGCGGACGACGAACGGGCUUCAACUGGCAGCCAUCGGCCGUUCAGUGUUGUGCUGAAGUUGCGUUUGAGUCCUGUCGUUCCAGUCGUGGACGACGCCAAUUUGAUCUACCAACGCCUAGUGUACGUCCAAGCAAUGGAAGAUAUUCUCCAGGGCCAUGUCCCGCUCCUACAAAUUGAACCUGUCCUGCGUUUGGCAUCGUACGCGAUCUUGGCGGAUGCAGCAGCAUCGACGGACCCGGUCCCUCGCACUGUGGACGAGGUGCUGACGUGGAACGUCCUCGAGUACUUGCCGGCGAGUUGGGUCGAUGACAAGAGCGAGAACGAGUUUGCGCAGUGCAUUUUGCACCAAAUCAACCAAGCGAAUCAUGAUCCCGCCCACGAUGCUGACAACGCCAGGGCAUCUCCUCCGUCCGUCGAAACCUGGCAGUCGUUGUACGUGGACGAAGCCAAGAAGCAUCGGCUCUUUGGCAGCCAUUUCUUUGCUAUCCAAGUCCCAUCCAAGCAGUCCAAGCCGGCUGUCGUUCCGACAUUCUCUUCGUCAUUGCCUGCAAAUUUGUCGGCUUCGAUGGCCGCGACAAAUGUUCUCGAUGCAUUCGACUCGACGUCCGUCCUCGCUGUGAACGGAAUGGGGGUGCACUUUGUUGAUGCAAGCCACCAUGUUCUCCUGUCAUGGGAGCACGGGGACAUUGUCGGCGUCGUAUUUACCCACAAACACCUGACGAUCCAAACGGUGGCCCUUGGCAAUGCGCACAUGGUGUGUGACCGGGCCGACGUCGUCGGGCGACUUCUCGAAGACUAUGCUGUGUGGAAUAAAACCAAACUCGACGCCGCCGCCGGGGGAACCGUCGUUGCUGCCAGCGGCUGGUUACGCUAAGAUUAAACGCGUAUGCUCUGUGUGUUGUUGCA